AUGGAGAUCUCGGACGAGGAGAAGCGUUUUCUCACGGGCAUUACGGCUGCACCCGUGCCGCAUUUCGUGGCGGUUCAGGACUUGUACGAAAAGAAAGAAAGGGAAUCGUAUUACACGCACAUUGCGCAGAACAUCUUGGCCGAGGCAUCCACUGCAUUCAGGGAGUCGCGAGAGUCUCGGUGCAGCGACACUUUCCAAGCCUGGCGAUCGGGUGACGAGCUCGUCGUGGACUUGUCCCGCGAGCAGGAGCCUGCGAAUUGCCACCUCAGGGACAACAUUGUGGAGGUGAACGGUAAGCCUUUCUGGAUUUCUUCUUGCGAGCUGCAGAAUUCGUCGAUGGAUUCGGGGGCCGUGCUUGAGGGAUGGAGCGUGGGCCAUGGUCGUCUCGAGGAUCAGCCACGCCAUCCAUCUGGCAGCAUACAGAUCGAGGUUCGCCUGUUCGCCAGAGACUACUUGUCCCGCUACGUGGCCGCGAUGGAGCUGAAGUCCGCGGGCGGCACCGACAUGGAAAGAGCGCUGCUGAAUCCCAGAGCCGCGGUGCGGGGCACCUACCCGGACAAGCAGCAGAUUGGGGAUGUCAUACCCGCCAACGAGCAUCAAGAACGUGCAAUCCAGAACUUGAAUAACCGACUGGAAAUUAUUCAUGGCCCGCCAGGCACGGGCAAGAGCACGACGAUCUUCCACAUCAUUUCGGCAAACCGCUCCUGCCUGCGCGAGGGUGAAGGCGCGUUCGCGGUGUGUUGCGCGGUCACUAACCAGGCAGUGGACAGCAUCGCGGAGAAGCUGGGGCGCACCCACGACGAGCAUUUCCCGAUUCUCAUCGUUGGCAGUUCCGGCCGCAUGGGCAAGACCGCUGAGAAAUUCACCCUGGAUGCGCUCUGCGAGCGAGAGCCGGAAGUGGUGGCGGCGCGAAAAGAGGUUCAGCGAAUAAGGCAGCAGAUUGGUAUCACUGACGAAAAGCUGGCGCUCGCAAAGUUGAAGGGGGUGCGAGAUGAGGUGGAGCGUCUGGAGCACCAGAGGGUCGUUCAUGAGGUGGCGGAGACGAGUGCGGAGUCGGCGCUUGACGCGGAGCUCGAAGCCACGCGGCGCCGUAUCGUAUGUCGGACGUCGGUUUUCCUCUGCACCAUCUCGUCCAGCUACAAGGUGCAGCAGCUCCAGAGGUACCACAGCACCUCCGAGGCCUGGAAAGGUGUUGCGGAGCCACGCAGGCUCCUCGUGGUCAUCCUCGACGAGGCAGGCGCGACGCCAGAGAGCUAUGCGCCGCUGAUGCUGUGCAUGCGGCCGGAAAACGUAAUACUCUUGGGGGACCACAUGCAGCUGCCGCCGCUGGUGAUCGGCAGUUCGGCUCAGCGAGGCAAGCAGCUGGACAGGAGCCUGAUGGAGCGCGCGCUUGAUUGCGGGGCGCAGGAGAGCACCCCCUGCUGA